GAUAUAAUCGAUAUGGAAGUCUUCAACCAGAUAAUCGAAUUGGAUGAUGGGGACAGCUCAUUUGUAUCAGCGAUGGUGACCGAGUACCUUGAGCAGGUCGAUUCCACAUUUAAUGAUAUGGAUAAGGCCAUGGAAAUCAAAGACUUAAUGGAAAUAUCGCAGCUAGGACACUUUCUGAAGGGCUCAUCAGCCGCGCUGGGCGUGAAGCAGGUUUCAUCGACUUGCGAGAAGAUACAGAACACAGCCAAGAGUGCACCUACGGACAAGACCAUUGAAGAAGUGACUUCGUUACUAAAACGUGUCAAGGAGGAGUACGGUGCGGCAAAGAUUUGGUUACUGGAGUUGUCCAACGUGAUAACAUGA